GAACUGGACCUCGCAGAGAAGGAGGCCGAGAACGGGAAGCUGGCGGAGGACCUCGCAGAGAAGGAGGCCGAGAACGGGAAGCUGGCGGAGGACCUCGCAGAGAAGGAGGCCGAGAACGGGAAGCUGGCGGAGGACCUCGCAGUGAAGGAGGCCGAGAACGGGAAGCUGGCGGAGGCACUCGCAGCGAAGGAUGUUCACCUUGAGGGGCUGCAGACUGACGUCGGCAAGUCGUUGGAGAGUGUGCGUAGCCGCUGUCGUGAGCUGGAGGAGCUUGCGGCGGCAAGAGAGGUUGCUGCUGCGGAGGAGGUUGAUGUGCUGGAGGGCGAGCUGGCGGAGGCUCUUGUCCAGUUCAAGGCGCUGGAGGGUGAGAAUGCCGCCCUGCUUGCACUGCUUGCUGCAAAGAACGCCGAGCUGAGGGACGCUAACGCGGCCGCACUGACGAAGUUGAGUGAGCUGGAGUCGCGUCUGGCCUCGGCCGAAGCGGAGGCGCGGGAAGAACGUGAUAAGGCGGACAAGCUGAUGGCCACGACGCAAGGGGCGCUACGUGCCAUGGGGGAGGAAAAUCAACAGCAGCUGCAACAGCUGCGCGCUGACCAUGAUGAAGCCCGAGCCGCAAUGCAAGCGGAGCUGGCAGCACACCGAGAGAUGCGCAUUGCCCGCAUCAAUGCGAGACUGUCGGACCCCGACCUGUGCCACAGUGCACCGCCACAGACAAAGCCGGCAAGCAACGAGGACCCAAUGGAGCCCGAGGUACUUCGCAGUGAGCCCCUCUACAGCGUCACGCUUGGGGAGUUCAGCAAAGCACGUGCACUCAACGACCAGUUAGAACUGGACCUCGCAGAGAAGGAGGCCGAGAACGGGAAGCUGGCGGAGGACCUCGCAGAGAAGGAGGCCGAGAACGGGAAGCUGGCGGAGGACCUCGCAGAGAAGGAGGCCGAGAACGGGAAGCUGGCGGAGGACCUCGCAGAGAAGGAGGCCCAGAACGGGAAGCUGGCG